GGUUUGCAUGAGCAAGAGGACGCACACUGAUCAGCGCGACUCGAGAGGAACACUUUAUAUACUGGGGCUAAAUUUAGGGCUACCUCCAUCCUGAACGUGUUUCCUCCACUCGCUCAAUUGGUCCAGCAACCCAGCUACAAUAUUUAUAAGGUAGGAGGAUCUCCUGCCGUACAAACUUGUACACUUGAGUGAAUCGCUUUAGUCAGUUCUUAAUACUUGUGGAAAGCAAGUAAAAAGCGAGCAGGGAAAACUUUUACUCAGAAGAAAAACUUUGGACGUAUGGCGAUGGCCUUAUCUGGGACCAUUUUACCAUCAAUAUCAACAUUCGCAAACCAAAAGGACAAGCUUUGGGAACAAAAGUGGAAACAAGAGGACAAACCCAUGUCUUCUAACUGCACUGAUCUCAAUAGUGUACACACCAUGGACAAUUUCCGUGGAAGAAAAGACGACGAGGAUCUAAGCAAGUACUUGGAUCUAGAUUUUAUAUUGGCCAACACGACCGGCGCCGACACCAUCGCUGCGCUCAGCACAGGUACGGACUAUUCCAUGUCAGCCACGGAAUCGUGCAACCUCUACCAAACGGCUCACGGCAUGCCCGCUUUCCAGCCCAACGAUGCCAGCCCACCUCCGCCACCAUACAACAGCAACAGCCUCAUGGCAGAACUUUUGAGAGCAGACGUUGACAGUUACAGCAUGCCUAUCAGCGGCAGCACCUUUCAAGGAAGAUUUCUCAUCAACACAACACCUUUCCCCAGACAGGACUUUCUUGACAACAUCAAAGUCGAGCCCAACAUGGACAGUUGCGGGCCGGUCAUUGGCAUGGUGCCUCAGUCAUGCCACAAAAUCAAACAGGAGGGCAACGUGUCGUGCAUGAUGUCUCUCGAGCAGCCUCGCAUUGCCAUUUCCCCGCGCUCUGCUGCCAACAUGACCCCACCGCUCAGCCCGGAUGACCAUGGGAAUUCCGAGUGCCUGCCUCAGGUGUGCCACGGCAUUUUCCCGCAGACCUACUCGGGCAUUCCACCGUACGCGCACCACCCAGCUCCCCCACCGCACCAGCAGAUGCCUCACGCGUACCGGGGAGCGCAUCAGUUUGGCAUGUUUGAAGACGGUCUCGGGAUUCAGCCGAGCUCGCAGAGAGCCCUGCUUACUCCUCCGUCAUCGCCCCUCGAGCUGCUGGAUGCCAAGCCCAAGAGAGGACGUCGCACCUGGCCAAGGAAACGCACCGCCACGCACACCUGCACCUACGCUGGCUGUGGCAAAACGUACACAAAGAGCUCACACCUCAAAGCCCAUCAUCGUACACAUACAGGAGAAAAGCCAUAUCACUGCAACUGGGAAGGCUGUGGAUGGAAAUUUGCACGUAGUGACGAACUGACUCGCCAUUUUCGCAAGCACACCGGACACCGUCCUUUCCAGUGCCACCUGUGCGAGCGCGCCUUCUCCAGGUCGGAUCACUUGGCGCUGCACAUGAAACGUCACAUGUGAACAAAGGACUGAGACCCCAGUGCUGAAGACCAUGGCUAUUGUUAUGUCAGUUGCCUUACAUUAUUGUGUGUGUUUUUUUAAUUUAAAUUUCGAAGGCAUUUUUUUCUGUUCAUAAAGAUGUAUAAUGUUAUAAUUUUGAAAAACAGAUGUAGCUGGUACUACGAUUCUAAGAGCACGUCAAUGGCUCAUUCUUUUUUUUUAAAGUACAUUGGGGUCAAACCACCAACGUGUAAAGUUGGCUCUCACAUAUUUGUAUUCAACUGGAACAAUGUAUAGCAGUGCCUUUUUAUUUACGAGUACAAACUACUGUAUGAAUGAGGCAAGCCUUUUGACUAGCAAUGUUCUGAGGAAAGAAAAGAAACAAGUAUUUGAAUUGACAACAUGGAUGCAGUGAUAUGACAAUGUUUUGGUUUAGAAACUGCCUUAAAAGUUCAACAAAUCCAGCUUUUUGAGCAUUUGUUGCAAACCAGUUCAGAAGUCAUUAUGGAUUUGGUUUAAAUGUAUUUCUGUUGUAACAUGUUGUAUCAUAUGGUACAAUAACUGUAUUCUCAAGCCCCAGUGUACAAUGCCAUAUCAGGGCUAGAUGUCCUGAGAUUUUUUUAAUGAAAAAUGUAUAUAAAUUUUAUAUUGUAAGUAGGGUAUUUAUUGUAAAUAUUAAACUAAAUUUGAAUAUA